AUGACGAUGGCAGUGGGCUGCGUUCGUUACCCGAGUUCCUCCACAUAUCGUUUUAUUCUUGUUACUCAUCCAAAUUAAACAAGGAUAAGAUGGGGCACCCUCGGGCAACGUUUCCGAACGCAGCCUUGCAAGAGAGCCCAUCAUAAGAGCAGUUCAAUCGAUAAUUGAAGCAUGCGCACAAGUUACCAGUGCCGCCGCCAACCAGCACCAUGUGUGACAUGUGUCGCCGUCGUGACCUACUUCCACGGCGCUCUCAGUUCUCUGUGACUCUCUGUGAAAUUGUGAGAUCCAGUAUCCAGCAGCAUCGAGCCGAUCGGACACGGAGACUACGUAGCUGUAUGGGGGCGCGAUCAGUAUUGCUAUUUUCCUACCGUGCGAUUCCAAAAUGUCAGACGUCGAUAAAUGGAUAGAGAUCGCGAAAGAAUGCAAAUACUUGCCCGAGAAUGAUCUCAAGAAACUCUGUGACGUGGUAUGUGAUUUGUUACUGGAGGAAUCAAACAUCCAGCCUGUAUCUACUCCGGUGACGGUAUGCGGCGAUAUACACGGUCAGUUCUAUGAUUUAGAAGAACUGUUUCGCAAUGGUGGUCCUGUACCAGAUACAAAUUAUAUAUUCCUAGGAGAUUUUGUCGAUCGGGGAUACUACAGUUUAGAAACAUUUACUCGUCUGCUCACACUUAAAGCUAAAUGGUCUGACAGGAUAACAUUACUACGUGGUAAUCAUGAAUCUAGACAAAUUACACAUGUUUAUGGAUUUUAUGAUGAAUGCCAAAAUAAGUACGGCAAUGCUAAUGCUUGGAAGUACUGUUGUAGGGUAUUUGACUUGCUCACAGUUGCUGCCUUAAUUGAUGAACAGGUUCUUUGUGUACAUGGUGGAUUGUCUCCGGCUAUUAGAACACUAGAUCAAAUUAGAACGAUUGAAAGGAAUCAAGAGAUUCCACACAAAGGUGCUUUCUGUGAUUUGGUCUGGUCUGAUCCAGAGGAUGUAGAAACAUGGACGGUAAGUCCACGUGGCGCAGGUUGGCUAUUUGGCAGUAAAGUGACUUAUAUGUUCAUGGAAGUGAAUGAUCUUAAACUCAUCUGUAGAGCACACCAACUAGUUCAGGAAGGUUACAGGUACAUGUUUAAUGACAAACUCGUCACAGUAUGGUCAGCGCCAAAUUAUUGUUAUCGAUGUGGUAACAUAGCUAGUAUCAUGCAAUUCACAACAGUUGAUCAGAGAACACCCGUGCUGUUCCAGGCAGUGCCUGAUUCCGAGAGAGUAAUUCCACCUUUAACGCCCACUCCGUAUUUUUUGUGA